AUGUCAACUCCAAAUGUCCACAUCCUCUUCUUCACCAUCUUCACUGGCCUCCUUCUGUCGACUCUCUGUGACAUCAAUCAAACCCAGAACGAUGUCGCUCUAUUCAUCUUCGGCGACGCCCUGAAUGAUGCGGGGACCAACAACUACAUAAACACCACCGCAUUUUUCAGAGCAAAUUUCUCUCCAUAUGACGAGACUUUCUUUCACUAUCCCACUGGCAGAAUCACUGACGGUCGUAUUAUGGUCGAUUUCAUUGCUGAAUAUGCGAAGCUGCCACUGAUCCCACCUUAUCUCCAGCUGAAGAAUGACGAAAUUGUGGGAGGGGCGAAUUUCGCGUCCAUUGGAGCUGGUGCUUUACCCGAAACUUUCGCCGGAUUCGUGGUGGAUUUCAAGACUCAGCUGAAGCAGUUUGAGAGUCUGGUGAAGAACCUGAGGGAUAACCUGGGGGGUGAGAAGGCGGAGAGAAUAGUUUUGGACGGCGUUUACUUCAUCAGCAUCGGACUCAACGACUACGUCGCCGUUCUCAACAAUCCAGCUCUGUUUCAGUCCGUUUCCAUGGAAGAUUACGUGGGGAUGGUGGUUGGCAACAUCAGCACUGUGCUUGAGGUAAACCCGUAUCCAUAA